GUGUACGUCAUUUUUACAAUGGCGGAGGCUGGGUGAGGAGUAGUGUGAGUGUGUACAGCGGCGUCGUAUUCGGAGCUACAUUUCUUUAAGUGCGUGCACGGCGCCCCAAAAUGGCCCAGAACCCUAACGCGGUGGGAAAGACGGACUCAGAGUGCAGCGAGACGAGUGGUCCGCAGCCGGAGGGAGGCGAAGCCCACAAGAAUUCAGCGGCAACGGCAAACCAAAAUGGCGAUCAGCCUGGAUGUAGAGACGGUGUAAUGCCCGAACAAGAAGCGCCUGAACGGCGGAGGAGCGUGCUGGCGGACGGCCGAAGCAGUAGCAGCUCUCUCUCGCCGGCCCAGAGAUCGAGCGAAGAGCUGCCACGGAGAAAUUUCCAAAUCCCGAGGAAGACAAGAGAACGGAAAGGCCUGUACCAGUUUUUGCCCCCUGACAGUCGGGAGUUUGAGGACCUUGUGAAGAUUAUCUCCUCAUUUUACCUAGAUCCAUUAUCACGAGGAAGCUUUUCCUACUGCAAGGCCAGACUAAUUCACAACGAGCUGCUUGAGAAGGAGUUCAUCGAGAAGAGGAGAGAAAUGAAGCAGGAGGGGCGAACCGAACAAGAACUCGCUGAGACGUACUGCUUCCUUUUUCCAGAUAAGUCCAAGCUUCAGUGGAUCUGUGAGAAGGGGCUGUCGGUCGGUCAUUGUAGGAUUACAACUCUUGGAAAUCCAUCAGUGGGUGUCUAUCUUUCCAAAUACUCAGAUUUAUUACAAAUGAAUCCCUUUGAGGUGGGCUCGUUUGGAGACAUGAUCAUCUUUAAAGUUAUGAGGGGGAGAAUAAAGCACAUCUACGAGAACAUGCCCAAGAACACGAUUGAACCUUCGCCUAAGUUUGACUGUCACUUGUCUAAAAGUGCCAAUCGGGUCACGUCUUUGCUGUCGUACAGAGCUUUUGAGCUCACACAGCAAUAUUUCUUUGAGUUUGCGUUUGACGAGAUCAAGCCACGACCCCGGCAUGUGUACCCGUACGCUGUGCUUUCCUUCCAGUACAAAGGCAAAGAGGCCGCGGCAACUCCUAUGACUGGUCACAGGUUCAACACUAUUUCUGCAGAAGGAAAUAGGGGGAAAAACUGCUACACUGUGUGGAGCGGUCCACUGCUUAACAAGGGCCAGGAGUUAUUCCAGGUCUGUUUACGGUCCUCUUCGCGUCCCUAUCUUCCUUUCAAACUGCCUGAGAAGUUGGAGAUGAAUCGAGGCAUGCAGCUGGAUCAGGUGAAGAGGAAGAUUCCCCCGUUUCUUUUUUCCUGGGACACUUACAGCAUGUCACGAGAAGUGUUGAAAUGUGGGAUGUCGUGCAGCUUGUUUGAGGUAGUGGAAGGAAAAGGCAAAGCCACCAGAGGCAGCCUGGCAGCGCUGAUCCACAAACUGGAGAGGGAUCGGAUGGUGCUGGUCAAGUCUCUGUACGACAAGGGCUUUCUCUUCAUGUUGUCCUCAGCUCAGAUGGUUGAGUCAAAAGAGCGGAGGGGGCGUAUGGAAAAGAAGCUACAAGUAUUAUUCAUCUUUCAGGAGUCAAGGACGGUUGUCAAGUAUUCUUCGAGACUGUUCGAGUCGGAGCCGCUGACGGCAGAACCUCCUCCUGCUGUCAUGUCCUCCAUGGAGCCUUUUAUCCCUGCACUACACUACGCCUUGUUCAAGUUGCGUCCAAACCCAGGCAAGGACCUAAGCUCUGGGGUGGAGCGCCAAGCCACCGAAUACCUGACUCGUAUGGAUUCGGGCACAGUGCRGCCUUUCAUUCUGCCUGACUAUAAAUCUACCGUGGAUGAAAGGACGAUCCCUCUCCCAGUGCCCAGACCCAAAUUUAAUAUGGAUACCAUACUGCGAUCGUACAUCCACAGCUCUGCAAGCUACAUUUUACCUGUGAACAAGGCAAGGGACAUAAUGGAACGGAUACGGAACCCCGUUCCUGUACCUCCACCUGCACCAGUGCUGACUCCUCUUCCGGUCCCAGUGGAAUACAGCCCCGUUUCUGACUGGGGUGGCUCAGACAGGGGCUCAGACAGAGCAGAGAGACCUCCAGAAAGGCUGUCCUUGGAGAGACCAACUCAGGAGAAACCUCCACCACCUGACGCCAGCAAACGAAGGCCCAGUUUGGGCCACUCGAACGGUGCUCAGCUGCAGCCCAAAUCCAGCGCCGAAUCCCAGCCUUCUUCUCAAAGGACUCGGCAAUCCCAGAGCGAGUACGAGCAGGACAAGAUGAAACAGCUGCUUAAGCUGAUCCAGCUACACAAGAAGACGCUCGGGAAGGAUCAGGGGGCAGACGGGGCCUGGGAUGCCAACAGUCUGAAAAGGAAAUUUGAAGGAGACGAAAGAGGAAGUGUGAACAAACACCAACGCACAGAUCAUUUGAGCAACGGUGAACCCAGUAGAGUCCAAGCAGAUGAUAUCGGAGCUGAGGCCGGCCAGAGCGACAGUCUUGCAGCAGUGAUAGAAAGCAUGGGCCUCUACGACACCGACCUGAGGGCCCGCGACAGCACCUCAGCAGUCAACGAGACGCAGCGCCUGCUCAAAAUCCUCUUGGCUACACUCAACAAAGCUGUAACUCAGGGCUUGGUGCCUCUGCAGGCAAACCACGGUGAAACAUCAGCUUCUGGAGCGUUAGAAUCUGUUCUGGCUGAAGCAGCGCUUGAGAAUCAAAUUGAGACGGCACCUCAUACAAACUACACAGAGGAGGACAUGGACUGUAGCCCUGGUAGUCCGUUCAACACGAGCUCCCCGCCGCAGCCAACAUACCCCUCAGACUUCCCAUCUGAGGCUACCCCUGCCAAUAAAGACAAAGCGCAGCCUCUUGUCAAGUUGAAGCCUGAGCCAGAGGCCCUGCCAGCUGCAGAAAGCGACCCAGAGCCAAAGACGCUUGCAGCUUUGGAAGUAAAAAAUACCAUCACCCCCACUUUAACAGUUCCAGAGGAGGUUCCCUUUCGUCCCUCCAUCAGCCUGGAUACCAUCGUGAACCAGGAGCUUCACAGCCUCACCUCUGACAUGAAAAAUCUCAUGCAGACUCGGCACAUUAGCUAUACAUCCAAGCUGCCCCCACGGUUGCCCCUGCGCCCCUGCUGGAAGCUCAACAGCUGCUUCUCAGACUACGUGGUGCCCUACGUCACCCCCGUCUCAGUCCAGGGGCACGUUGAAGAGCUGUGUGAAAAGAUGGACAAGUUGAUCCCAGCUCCACCUGCUCCCGCCAAGGACGCCCCUCCACCUCCCUCAGAGGCGACGUCUAAUCUUACAACCCCGCCCUCGCUGUCGACGGCCAACUCUCAGAGUGGUAAAACUGGCAGUGACAACAAAGAGACUACACCCACUAAGGCUAAAACGGAAGCGUCGGAGCUGUGUACGGAGAUGUAUUCUCCGUCCCACGUCACAGCUGACUCUCCAGAGCCAAACGCCCAAAACGCAGGCACUGCCACUGGCAGUGGGUCAAAUCUGCUUGCAGGCAGCCUCAUCAGUCAGUUGAAACCGGAGGUUUUCACCAGCUUGGUGGAGAUUUUUAAGGACGUCACCAAGAAUACGGUUAAAUUCUACAUCUACUCUGGGGACGWGGGGGAGGACAGCACGGUCUGCAAGGAAAUUAAGGAGUAUUUGAAAAGUCUCGGGAACAGUGAGUGCAGCCCACAGGUGUUUCUGGAGAACAGCGGCAGUUUGGAUAAGCUCCUCAUCAUCAUUAGGAACGAGGACAUAGCUGCACAUGUGCACAAGAUUCCAGCUCUGGUGUCUCUGAAGAAGUUGCCGUCAGUGAGCUUUGCAGGCGUGGAUUCUCUGGAUGAUGUUAAGAACCACACAUACAAUGAGCUGUUUGUGUCGGGAGGAUUCAUGGUGUCUGAUGAGUUCGUCCUCAAUCCUGACUUGAUCACACAGGAUCGGCUCCAAGGGCUUCUGAGUUUCUUGGAGGAGCAAAGCACCCCUGAGCACCCCUGGCAGUGGAAGGUGCACUGCAAGUCACAGAAGAAGCUGAAAGAACUGGGCAGGUUGAACACUAAUGCCAUGGGGCUGUUAAACCUUUUAACGGCCUAUCAGAAGAAACAUCUGGUGGAGUUCCUGCCAUACCAUGAGUGUGACACUGUGUCGCGCCAGGCUCCAGAUCUGGAUUGCCUGAUCAAACUUCAAGCUCAGCACACACAACAACGACACCUCAUCUUCCUCACAGAGAGACCAUUUGAAAUGUUCCUGCAGUACUCCAGGAAUGGAAUCGUGAUUGCCAGCAUUGAUGAUGUUAUGAAUGGUUUUCACGGUCUGAUUGGCUCCAUUAAUCAAAAUGAGCUUCCAACGCCACCAUCUACUGUAGUGAAUGACGAGUGUGUGGAAGAGGAAGACAUGUCGUUAGACUCUGACGAUGGUGAGCCGCCGAGCACAUCUGAUCCUGUAGAAAAGACUGAGGAGACGUCGCUGCUGCCGCCCCCACCAGAGGCGAACGAGUUCCGUCCCCCGCUCCCAGACCUUCAGUCCACCCCUGAGAGAACCCCAACGCUGGCUGAGUGCACUGCCCUCAAAACGGCCAUCUCUCAGUUCAGAGCUACCAACCAGAUAGGCUUAGCCUCCUCAGAACUUGGCAGCUUGUCACCAGGUGGUUUUCCUGUGAACACCCACCAGAGUUUUCUGUGUCCCUCCUCCUCCUGGUCCUCCUACACCGGCUCCUCUAGCUACGUGGCCUCACCCGCCUAUCCCGCUUCUCCCUGCAGCGGCACCCAGGAACCGGAGACCCGUCCCCCAGCUACAGCUUCUACUGCAGCUGCAACUCCACCUGUCAUGCCCCCAGCAGGACCUCUAGCCAACCUGUCUUCCCUCCCUUUGGAGGUCAAACCACCUCCUCCUCCUCACCUUAUGAUGCAGGGUCAGACUUACGGUUCAGAUGCUGGAGGGGCCGGAGCUGCUGGAACCUCUCCGCUCGUCCCCACCCUCCCGUACAAAGACCUCAGUGACGCGGUCCAGCCAGGUUACAUGGGUGGCAUUGCUACAAAUGCUGGCGGGACCCCCACGCAACAGGAAAGGACACUCAGCAAAUCUGGUGAAGGGGUAUGGAGCAUGACGGCGACCAGCACCUGUGAGACUGCCAGCAGCCAGGGUGUGGUCACUUCUGUGCCCGUGGACCCCAGCAGUCUCCCAAAAACUGGGGACGUUCUUGUGGGAAGUACGGCUGGCAGUCAGRCGGGCAGGACUCAAAUGAACUGUAGUGGUCUCGGAGCUUCGGUGGGCAUACCCCCAGUGGCCACCAGGGGGGGCUCAAUACCCAGACCUAAGCUGCCACCACCUCCUCCUGGUGUGGGCUAUGGCCACCCGGGGCAUUUGGACCAUGGACCCAUGCGGGGUGCUUUUGUUCCUGGUUUUUUAGGAAACUACAGAGGCAGAGGAGUCCCACCCGUUGGAUUUAUGCCUCGGCCAGGACGAGGACAGGAUCUGGGGAAUGGGACUGGAGGUGGACCCUGCUCAUGGGGACACCCACCAGGCAGGGGUGGGCCACAGAACUACUACACAGACUACACAUAUUCUCACAAUUAUACCCCUGAAUAGACAAUCAAGAUGAACGAAGGGGCAAUGCAAACACAGUAAAGCAGAGACAUUUGGAGCUGGCUGAAUGUAUAUAUUUCCUUGUCAUAAACUCAUUGAUUUAAAAUCAGUAAAUAUGAAUUAUGGUUUUCUACAUUAAUAAAAGUUGAUACAGGCAGUGCCGAGUGUCCUACUGUCGUGAAAACUGUACGCUCUUUCCAUGUGAGCUGUUUGAAACCCUGUCCAAACCACUAUAUUUAUAUUUGCCAACAAAUAUUAAUGGCCUUCCAGCUUCUCAGAAUUGACCAUGUUCUUUCUGUUUGUUCCGGUUUUGAAAUGGUUUGUGAACAAGGGGAAUGGCAGAUAUUUUUUAAUGAAAAAAAAAAAAAACUUAGUACAUGAAGUUUCACUUUUGCUUUUGGUUUCCUUUUUUUAAAAUUUUAUUUUACAUAUUCGGUUGUUCAAAAUUCUAUUACAAUAAAACAUUUCGAAUCUUGUUUGUGUGAUGGUUUUGACAGUGUCAAGCAGUUCAUUAAAAAAAGGAAAACAUA